GCUAACAUCUAUGACUUAUGAUAUUCAAUUUGCGUUAUAUUUGUUGGAAACUUUUGUUCUUCUGUUAACACCACGUUUUAAUUGUCGUGUUCUAUUCACGAUAGAACACAAUGGUUAACGUAUUCCACAGGCGUGUCGAAUUUCCACAGUCUGGCUGCAAAGCUAAAUUACAAAGUUUUGCCAGUAACAUAGUACGUAAGUCGCUUCCCUUAUCCGCUUAAAUCUCGUAAAGUCAUCAAGUACAAGCUAAAUACCGGUAUUUCGAGAAUCAAAUUUCACAUCAGACCACGUCAGAUACCAUUAACUAUCGUGAUUACCCCGCUCUCUGUUUCAUCUUCCAACAGCUCCUCGAAAGCAGCACUGUUCCAAGGAAAACGCGUGACCCUUGAUUAAUUUUGUUCAGUACGCAACGGGAAGACGCGAAAGCACUUGAGGAAUUCAGCUAAACGGACAAAUUGUUUCUUGAAUGAUUAUUUCAGAAACCUACUACUUUUGAACAAGAGGAAACAGUAUUGUUCAAGUAAAGGAGACGUUGAGUUUACUUUCUCUACACCAUCCCUCUUCUAUUUACGUUCGAAUAACUGGAGCAAACACCGGAACACAAUAUAUUCGUAGCAUUUGUAAUGGAAAAAGGUCUUUAACAUACAUUUAAACGUCCUCGAUACAUUUUCUUUUCGUCUACGAAAACCAUGAUUUUUCAAGAAACUUAAGUAUCGUACAACUACGACUAGCAUCUUCUGUCUGUGCAAAGUACAUUCGCGUUGAAAGUUUGCGAAAUUUUCUCCUACUUAAGCGAUAUUUAACCGCUUGUAAACAUUUCAUGAAAUGGAAGUUUGCUGCGUAGAAAAGACUUUCUUUGAUCGAACUGUGAAAGUUAUGCAGGAAGGAAGAGGAGAGUAGAGAAACUAAUGGGUUCAGACAUUUCGAACUAGCACGGGAACAAGGGCGAAAGCUUUUUUCUAUAAAAUAUCUCUUUGAACGUGUUCGAGAGGCGCUUUUUGUUGCAUGAAUUAAUUCGGAAGAGGUGAGCACUCGGCUCAGAUUUUUUCAAACCUAACAGACGUCCGUCGACUGGGAGCGUCGAAAUGACUUUUUAAAUAUAAAAUUGCGUUCCACUGUCAUAAUGUACGCAUGGACAAGUUUUCUUUGUGUUCUCGCACCUCGCCGCGUAAAAGACUGAAAUUCAAAGUUAAACAAAGCCCCUUAAAUUUCUAAUUUCCAUCGUAAUAAUUGCAAUAUUUUAUUACCCCUUUCGAAAUUUGAUAUUUUUCAUUGGGAGAAAAAAGAAAUAUAAAAAUAAAUUUCGACCAAAGUAUUAAAAUAAAUAUGUACACUGGGUGUAGAAAUAUUUUUUACUCUUAUCGUAGAAUAUAAUAGAAAUUAGAAAUCCUUUUAAAAGCGAUUGUCAGUGGCCUUUUCAUCGCUGGCCUUUUCAUUUCGCGCGAGCCGUUACCUUCCAACUUUGUCCCCCUUUGUUGUUACUUUUAACCAAGAGUUAAAUUCCAGAGUAUUCCGGUUUGGUUCGCAGAUUAAACGGGAACACUUUUUAAAACGGUACGGCAGCCCUUAGCUGGAGGUAGCGUCGCGUCGUGUCGCGUCGCGUCGCGCAGCGUCGCACGCUUCGGCGAGUCAUAAGUAUUCUCCGGGUGUCUAGGCACGCCGCAUGAAACCAAGAAUCGUCGGUAUGUGGCUCGUGUGUCCCAGUAUGGCUGCUACAAUCAGAGUGGCACGCGCCCUCAUACUCCGGCUCAUCCACCCCCCUUACCAACCUACACGUAUACAUACACGCUGAAACUAACCCUGAACACCGAUUCCCAGCCAGCCAGCCAAGGCAGUUCAGUGAUUUUCGAAAACGCAUUCCACCCUCUUCUUCUGCGACGCGUGAAUAUUCAAGACAUCCUGGCCUCGUGCUUGCCCCGAUAAUUCGACAAUUCGAUAAACCAACGAGUCGAUACCGAAGGAAAACAAUUUGUCAACGAGACGUUUCCAUCGUGCUAUCGAGUUUUCCUUCCGAUUUCGCCGACUUUUCACCACGGUACAAGCACACGAUAAUUUAAUAUUAUGAGUUUAGGAGCGUCGUAUUUUAUUCUUGGUUAAACAAGAGUAGACCGUGACUUAGGUACGCGUUUUCAACGCAACCUACAUUUAUUACCACUGUCUCUGUAAAUGCUAUGUUACACUAAAUUAUUGCUGUAACCUGUGUUCUGAUAUUGGUGUAAAUAGGAUUUUUUGGGGUGGGCCAAGUUCCUCCAAAAUUUUGCCAUUUUAGAAUGUUUAGAAUGAUUAGAGUAGACCCACCCUGACUUCUACUUGAUCGUAAAUUGUAAUUUUUAAAAUUGUAUUCCGAACGACUUAUCUUCGCACGGUUAGCAUGGAAAACUUGAUAAUUAGAAACACAGUGAUCCCGAAGAUCUGUUGAAAUGGUCGAAAGGAAGCUAACGGAAUGACGAGAUUGAUCGAACGAACGCAAAUACUAUCGACAGAAUCCAAAGUCCACGUAUCAUUCCAUGCUUGAAUACACGUCGAGUUUUAUCGUGGAAUCAGUGGCAGAAGUUGAAGCUAAUACCACCACCGACCGCUGAACCAAUCUCGAGAAAGUUGUCUGUCUUUCUUAGCGAUAAAGAACGAUUGAAAAUGGAAGUAAACCAGAAUAUAGUCCGCGCCUUACCAGCAUUAAAGGUACCGAAUCUUUCACUAGGACAGUACAUAUAUCAACAACUACGCGAGUACGGUGACAACAUUAUUCAGGUAGAUAUUCAGACCGGUAAACAGUUUACGUACGACCAAGUUCUUGAAAAAAGUGUAAUAUUAGCUACCGUUUUGAAAAGCUAUGGGAUACAAGUGGAAGAUAGAGUUUCGAUCGCAAGUGAAAACCACCCUAAUUACGUGAUAACCAUGUGUGCUACUUUAUUCACGGGGGCUGCUUGGGCGCCGUUAAAUCCGGCAUACACUAAAAGAGAGUACAGACACAUGUUGGAUAUUUAUCAACCACGAAUCAUGUUCGUAACGCACCGUACCGAGAAAAUUAUGAGGGAAAUUGCACCAACGUUGAGCUGGCCCAUGAAAUUGAUACAAGUGGAGGACGUGGCUCUCGAUGGACAGAUGGUCACGUUGAAAGAACUUUUGGAGAAACAGAAAAAUAUGGUAGAUCCUUACGCGUUUGAACCGGUACCGGUUGACGAUCAUGCAAAAAGAAUCGCUGUUAUUUUGGGAUCGAGUGGAACGACAGGAUUUCCGAAAGGUGUAAUGUUGUCGCAUCGAAAUUUAUUAACUUUCAUGUUCAAUACUAGAGUUCCAGCUCAUUUAGAUUGUCGACCGGGUGACCGAGUAAUACUCUUCUUACCACUGUUCCACGGCUACGCGUUUGGAUUAGCAAUUAUAUCACUAAGUACCGGAGGAGUCGUAUACUUAAUGCGAAAUUUCGAACUCGUUGCGUUGUUAAAAGCCAUCGAUGAUUACAGAAUCACGCAUCUACCAUUGGUUCCUCCAAUCUUAAUAAUGCUAGCUAAACACCGAAUGGUGGAAAACUAUGAUUUUAGCAGCGUAAGGGAAUUAUUAUCUGGCGCAGCCCCUCUUCAACAGAACGUAUGGGAAGAAGUGCGAAGACGCACGAAAAUGAAAUACAUUCGGAACGGUUACGGUAUGACGGAAUUAUCAAUAAUAUCGAAUUUGAGCGGCAGAAGGAGUACCGACAACACGGUUGGCGCUGCGAUACCGGGAUUCCAGUGCAAAAUAGUGGAUCCGAGCACAGGCAGGACUCUGGCAGUAAAGGAAGUCGGAGAAGUUUGCUUCAAGGGUGAACAAGUGAUGCUCGGCUAUUUCCAAAACCCUAAGGUCACCGCAAAAACGAUCGACCAAGACAAUUGGUGUCACACCGGUGAUCUAGGGUACCUGGAUGAGAAGGGGUUAUUGUACAUCACGGGUCGGAUAAAAGAAUUGAUCAAAUACAAAGGUUUCCAAGUUUCACCGACCGAGAUCGAAGCUGUGAUAUUGUCGCAUCCGAGUGUUAAAGAAGUGGCGGUUGUGGGGAAACCUGACGAGGUUAGCGGAGAAAUACCAGUUGCGUUUGUCGUAAGGCAACCGGGUAGCAGCACGGUAUCGACUAAAGAUAUUGUCGACUUCGCGAAUGACUUGGACGGUGACAAUGAAAUUUCAGCCAAUGAUUUGAUCGAGGUUGUACGUAGAUUGACACUAAACGGCGAGGACGAAUACAGUAGCAUCGAUAAGGCGGAGGCGGAACACAUUGCACGAAUGGUGCUUGACGAAAUACUGUUCAAUGAACUGGUAGGAAAAAUGAGGGCGCAUCGUCUUGGAAAGAUGUUGAGACAACGGUAUGAUAAAUUUUUGGGUAAAGCUCACUAUGGCGAAGUUUAUGCGAUCAGUACAGAUUUUGAUCGUACAAAAAUAUCCCUACAGCUGGUUUUGAACGGACUAUACCCACCGGCAACAAACGAGGCUCGGGACCAAAUACAUUGGUCUCCCGUAGCAACACUCUACUAUCCAAGCCUUUUAGACACUGUACUGUUCUCGCAGCUUUGUCCAACAUACGUGAAAGAAUUGCAAAGGGUGAAAAAGUCGGCUGCAAUUGUCAAAAAACUAUCGGAAUACAAUGAUCUUUUAGAACAUCUUUAUAAAGAAACUGGCAAUAGCAGGGACGAUCCGAUCAUGAUGGUAACCACACUUUACCAACUCUUGGUAUCACAGCGUAGCAUGAACAUUUCUCUGCCGGAAUGGGCCACCGAGAACGUUCAAAAACGUAUGGAAGAAAUAGUACGGUUAGAUUUUGAAACUCAAUCGUAUACCACGCAAAUGAAGCGACUAAACGGCGGUCCGAUUGUAAAACGAUUCAUUGAAAAUAUACGUAACAAAACGGAUAAAACCGGACCGAAGAUUUACUUAUACAGUGGGCAUGACCUCAAUAUUGCUGGUUUUGCCAAAGCGAACGGUUUCACCGAACCGAAGAUACCGACUUACGGAUCUGCAAUUAUAGUUGAGACUUUAAAAAGUCCGCUCGGUGUACGGUUUAUUCGAAUGUAUCUUUGGAUUGGCACUACAGAAGAAUUGAUACCUUACAAAAUUCCUAAAUGCCUGCAAAAUUAUUGCCCGUUCGAGCUGUAUGUAGCGUACAUGCAGAAUGUUAUCCCUACGAACGGGGAAUCGGAAUGUUUGUGGAAUACUAUGACAAUGAAACACUUACAAGAGUAUUAUAAACUACUAGAUUAUUGAACAACAGAUUCUUGAUAACCAACCUGUGCACACAUAUAUUUAAAGUUAUAAAAAUAUAGCUAUAUUAAUUUGAAA